AUUUAGCGUGCGCCCCACCGCCUUUUACCACCCAGCGCCUUCCUCUCUUCGAUUCCAUUUCCACGCACCCGCACCCACCUCCCUCUCGGCUCUCCCUCCUCUCCGAGCACCACCAAACCCUAGAUCUCGCAGCGGCAGCCAUGGCCAAGCCCUGGGGCGGCGUCGGCGCGUGGGCGCUGGAUGCCGAGCGCGCCGAGGAGGAGGAGCGCGAGCUCGCGGCGGCCUUCCCUGCGCCCGAGCCGCCUGCGGCCGCGGGCGGCGCCGCCAGCUUCCCCAGCCUCCGCGAGGCCGCCACCACGGGUGGGGGCAAGAAGAAGAAGAAUAAGGGCACCACCCUGUCUCUGUCGGAAUUCACCACCUACGGCGCACCGCAGCGCCGCGCCGCCCCCGUGGAGCCGAGGGGUCUGACCCCGCAGGAGAUAAUGAUGCUGCCCACGGGACCCAGGGAGCGCUCGGAGGAAGAGCUGGACCGCUCCCGCCUCGGCGGUGGGUUCCGCUCCUACGGCUCCGGGGGCGGAGAUCGCCGCGGCGGAUUCGACGACGACGGCCGCCGCGGGCCGCCCGGCAGGGGCUCGGAUCUCGACAUGCCCUCCCGCGCCGAUGAAGCCGACAACUGGGGGACGAAUAAGAAGUUCACCCCGGCUGCCAGCGACUCUGGCCGUCGUGAUAGGUUCGGCGACCCUUCCCCUCUCGGUCGCGCAGAUGACAUUGAUGAUUGGUCGCGCGGCAAGAAGCCGCUCCCAUCACGCUACCCUAGCCUCGGUUCUGGCGGUGGUGGCUUCCGUGACUCCCCGAGCUUCCGAGACCCACUGGGUUCCUCUGAUUCUGACCGUUGGGUCCGUGGUGGUGGCUCUGUCACCCCUAUGCCACACAACGGCGAGGGGGAGAGGCCGCGCUUCGUUCUAGAUCCACCGAAACGUAACACCUCAGCUUCUUCUACGCCACCUGCCGAGGUGGCACGCAAUCGGCCGAGCCCAUUUGGGGCUGCUAGGCCCCGGGAGGAUGUGCUGGCCGAGAAGGGGCUCGAUUGGAGGAAGAUCGAGAGUGAGAUUGAGCAGAAGACCAGCCGGCCUACCAGCUCCCACUCCAGCAGACCAAAUAGCGCACAUUCCUCCCGCCCUGGGAGUCCUGGGUCGCAGGUUUCAGCAGUUGGGAGUGAGGGAGCACCGAGGGCACGGCCAAUGGUAAACCCCUUUGGUAAUGCCAAACCAAGGGAAGUGGUGUUGCAGGAGAAAGGGAAAGACUGGAGGAAGAUCGACCUUGAUCUGGAGCAUCGUGCUGUAAAUAGGCCAGAGUCAGAUGAAGAAAAGAUUUUGAAAGAAGAAAUCAACCUUCUGAAGGUCGAUCUGAAAGAAAUUGAGGCAAAGAUAAGUGAUGGUUAUGAUCAAGCCUCCCUAGAGGAAGCCAAAAAAUUGUCAGAGAAGACAUCUCAGAUGGAAAGGCAGCUCCAGCUUCUUUCAAUUGAGUUGGAUGAUAAGAUUCGAUUUGGGCAAAGACCUAGUUCUGGUGCAGGCAGGGUUAGAACAUAUCCACCAACUAGUCUAGCAGAGGAACCGCAAGCGACAGUGUCCACCAUGGACAGACCGCGUUCUCGUGGUGGUAUGGAACCAUACUCAAAGCCAGUUGAAGAAAGAUGGGGAUUUCAAGGUAGCAGAGAAAAGGGAUCUUUUGGUGGAAGCAGUAGUUCAGACAGGUCAAUGACUAGGCAGAGAUGGUGAAAUUCCGACCUUGAGCAUCUGUUGAGUGUGAAGGAAGCUUCUGGUUCCCGGUCCUUUUUUGUUUUGAAAGAAUGGGCAAAAUAAGUCAUUUUCUUUUCGCCGUGUUUGUUUGAUCCAGAAAAUUGGUGAGGAUGGAGAUAACUCCACAUGAAGCUAUUGACUGUCAGUCUCUGUAUGGUGUAGGAUGUUUUCCUUUUUUUUUUUUUUGCGACCUUCCAUGUCUAAACGAAACGAAACCAGGUAACCGUUGUUACUAACUAUUAUUCAUGCUUACUCAAUUCAAGUUCA